AUGUUGCUCGGAUUUUCGUUCAUCUCGACAACAACCAGCGCCACCGAGUGGACAAUGCAUCGCCUGGUACAGGACGCGACUCGCGUGUGGAUAGAAAAUAACAAUCGAAUGGAUUCAGUUCAAAAGAGCUUUAUCAGCAAGCUCGAUGCGGUUUUCCCGGAGGGCCGAUACGAGAAUUGGCAGAUUUGCCGAAGCCUCUUGCCGCAUGUGCAGUACGCGGCAGAGCAGGACUCCAAGAUCAGAAGCGUUCUCCUUACGUUGGCAGAGGUAAUGUAUCGAGCUGCGAUAUACAGCUUGAGCACGUACGGCCGAGAUCAGGCUGCGCAUAUGGCUGGCGGAUCACUACGCCUUCGCACAGAGUGCCUUGGGAAGGAUGCUGAGGCGACACUGGGCUCGCAACUCCUGAUGGCGCUGGUGUUAAGAGAACAAGGGUCGUUGGAAGAGGGACAGAAGGCAAUGCUGGAAGUGCUAGAGGGGAGCAAGGCCAGCUUCGGUGAGGACCACUCUCUCACCAUCACGUCUAAGGACAUGCUCGCUAUCAUAUACGCCGGUAAGGGACACUUGAAGGAGGCGGAGGGCUUAGCGGAAGAAGUACUGAAGUCGAAGAGAGCGGUCCCGGGGACAGACGCAUCUGACCUAUUGAGUAUCUGGAUCACUCUUGCCGACGCGUACGGACGGCAAGGACGCUUCAAGAAGGCAGAGGAGCUGUUGCUAAACGCACUUGAUGACCCAAGGGCGAAGCUAGCUGCUAGCCACCAUGAAUUAGAACUUGCAAAGACUGGACUGGCCUCCCUAUAUUACAAGCAAGAUCGAUUUGAAGAAGCAGAGUCAUUAUACAAGGAGGCAAUGAAGGACGCGAUGGCGAGGCGAGGGACAGAUCAUCCAGAUACGUUAAUCAUUGUACGCGCGCUCGCUGACAUGUAUUUCGAUGAUGAACGAUGGGCAGAAGGCGAGGAGCUCCAAGCGAAAGUAGUGGAAGGCUACAAGAGGAUACAUGGCUCGAAGAAAGAGAUCACCCUGGUCCAAAUGUCCGGCCUUGCGCGCAGCAAAGUGCAUCGCGCAGGGAAGGUGGAUGCUUACGAUUUGGCUGUGCAUCUUUCGAACGAAGCCCUGGAGCUGGUGGAACAAGUGGUAGAGGGCUACAAGGCAAUCUAUGGCCCACGUCAUCCCCAAACUGUCGAGCACAUCAAGGUGCGUGCCCAAUGUCAAUGGCGUUGCGCGAUAAUAUGCUUCGAUCAACGCCGAUGGGGAGACGCCGUGGAGCUGCAAAAAAAGACAGCAGAGAACUAUAAGGAAAUUUUGGGCACGCAGCACCCCGACACACUGGCGCAAGUCUCCUGGGUCGCUUGCUAUCUGAGAGAGCACGCGUGGGCACAUCACAAGCAGCAACGAUGGGAGGACGCUGAGAAACUGCUGGAGGAAGCGGUGGAGGCUUUUACGGAGGCACAUGGCUCACAGCAUCCAGACACACUCUAUUCAGUAUCCACGUGAUGAUCUGGAAUCGCAGUCGUGCCGAGAGUCGAUCGGAGGCCAAGCUAUCAUCAUCAUGCAAGCAGUGAAAGUGCUAUCGUCAGCGCCACAACCACGAAGUCGCUGGCGCCCAACAGCAGAACGAUUGCCAGUGUCGCAGAGAUCGGAUGGGCAACUGCUGGUAAGACUGUGCAGGCAGCCUCCUCCUCUGUCUCUUUCAAGGCCGGACAAACAAGGAAAAGAGUACUGUAGUGUUGCGCCGUUCGUACGCGGAUAGCAAGCACCCUCUUUACUUGCAUGCUGCAAGUCGUCGCGAAGAGAGUGGUCCGAGAAGUCUGCAUCAUUCAUGUCCCGGCCAGCGACGUUCCGAGCUUCACGUCGAUGCAUUCUACUGCGAAGUAGUCUGUAGUCUAAACGUUCCUGCACGCCAAUCACUCUCGACUCCCAAAGUCCGAGGCAAGAGGCAAGAGGCAAGUCCCGGACAAGAAACACGCUAGAACGCGCGCCACGCGGCACCUCAUCUACCUCAUCAUCACAUACACCAAGAUAAUCAUCACCAUGUCUCUACCAGUUGUUUUUGAUCGCAAAGAAUGCAACCAUGUGUUUCUGCAUCUGCAUUCGUCCCAACGACCGCAAGGCACUCCGCAAACAGUUCCGCCAAGACCGCCCCAAAUUUCCUCGUCCCAUCGUCACAGAAAUCACAACCACAGCAUCAUCAAAGAGCAUCCCCAGAUUCUACCACAUAAUAUUC